AUGGGGUGUAGCAAUAUGAAGAACGCGAUGAUAGCAUUCUUGGCUCCUCUUCCCUCGAUCCUCUUCUACCUUUCAUUCAUCAAUAAUUCUACAUUCCCAUCUCUUACUAUUAUCUCAACAUGGCACCCUCUUGUAUUGGUUAAUAUCCUUUUCUUCUUCAAUGUUAAUCUCCUUUUUUGGCUCAUUGCACAAAUCCAAUCCAGCCACUGGAUGAUUGACCCUUAUUGGACAGUGAUACCUGUCAUGCUUAUCCAUUACUAUUCCUCGCACCCUUUGUCUAACUACGAUACCUGGAGGUCAAAGAUUGUCAUCUUCUUGACUUGGGUGUGGAGUAUAAGGCUCUUCCACAACUACUUCAGACGAGAAAAGUGGCAAUGGGGUUCGAGAGAGGAUUGGCGUUUCACUAAUAUGUCGCAACAAUAUGGAAAACAAUGGUGGUGGGCUUCCUUCCUCUCCAUCUACCUCCCUCACCAGUUGUUGCUGAUUGGAUUAUCACUUCCAAUGUAUGUGAUCCACUCAGUGAAUCAGCCUCUCAACAUAUGGGACUUGGUAGCCGCAGUUGUGUGUAUAUCUGGCAUCGUUAUAGCAUACAUUGCAGACACUCAGCUAUACAACUUUGUCAUGAGUAGAAACAACGAUGACAAGGGAAUUACGAUCCUGGAGAUUGGGUUAUGGUACUAUUCUCGGCAUCCAAAUUACUUAGGUGAGCAGCUAUGGUGGUGGGGACUGGUUGUGUUUGGUUGGAAUUUGGGACAUGGAUGGACCUCAAUAGGAGCAUUGAGUAACACAAUGUGUUUGGGUUAUGUGACAAAACUCGUGGAACAACGAAUGUUGAAGCAAGAGAAAAGAGCUGAAGCAUAUAGGAUGUAUCAGAACACAACUUCCGUUUGGAUUCCCUGCUUCAACUUCAAAUCUGCUUCUUCAGAUUCACAAUUCAAAAUUAAGGAUGCUUGA